UGCCUCGUAAGGAAGAGCGGAGGUCCGGGGUCCAAUGAGGAGGCCGCAAGCGGAAGGGGCUGGCCCAAGGCGCUAGAAAUACAGCCCAGGCCCGGGUCGUAGCUCCAGCUGCUCGCUUUCAGCGCACCUCCGGGUUUGCUGCGCGCCAGCCCAGUGGACUCACUCCGCCUGCAAGGCUCCUGCGGCAUGGCCACUUCCAAGCGCUUUGAGACGCUUCUGCAGCUGCAGCAGCGGGAAGGAGAGCUAUCCCAGGUGCUGGGGAACCUCACCAAACCGCCCAAGUGGUUCCACUCCGAAUUCCUCAAGAGUCCGAAGGCAGUCCGCCUGGAGGCUUGGUUGGUGGAAGCGAUCUUUGGCCCGGGCGGAGAACACAUCCCGCACGUCGAGUGUGUGUCCAACACCCUCCUGCAUGUGAACCAAUGGGACCCCGAAGGCGACGCUGAGAUCUUGAUAUGUGGACGACCUUAUUAUCAGAAGGACGUAUCCAAGCUCAUUAUGAACUUGGCCGACUAUCACCGCCAGCUCCGGCUGCAAAGCUCCAAGAAGGCCGGAAGACCGCAGUCUCCUGUGGAAGUCCACGGGGUCGGAGCUCCGCCAUCUCCCACCCAAGUCGGCGAGGCCAGCACGCGGCAGUCCCAGACCAAGGUCGAUGAGGCUGGGACACAAGGGCCUCCCAAGUCUGUCAGCCGCUCGAUUACCAGGUUAUGAAGACAUCUGGGGCCAAGAACGUGA